AUUCCCUCUACUCACGGUUUUCAGUUGCUCUGCCCAGAUUCGAAAUCGAAACAGAAUGAGUCCUGAUAGGAUCAUAGGACUACACUUAUAACACUUCUUCCAGCUCUCUCCCUAUCGAAAGCCAAAACCCCAUUCCAAAUCAGUCUAUCUCCUCGAACCCUGAUAGAUCAUUCCUUCUAGUUAUGUCAGCAGGCACGGCCUCUCUCCCUCACCAGCUCACAAAUCACACCUCUUUCUUCGGCAUCAAACUAUGGAUCACAAUUCUCAUCUGCACUCUCCUAAUCAUCGUUCUGAUUCUUCUUGUUCUUCUCUCCCUCUACUUCUCCUCUUGCCGCCGCCGCCGCAAGAAGCCCAGCAGGAUCCAUUUCACCACCCUAAAAUCCGCGAUUUCCAAGAACCCGCAUUCCUCUCUCAGCCCUCUGGAUAGGAGGCUAUUGUCGCGGAACGGCAGGGAGAUCGAAUUGGGCAUCGGGCAGCAGGAGAGAAGAAAUGGCCCGUGGCCGACUCCGGAUUUGGAGUCGGCGGCUAGUAGGUACUCGUGCAGGGUUUCGGACGCAAAGGUGGGGUACCAGUGGUAUACGGCAAGGGAAAUUGAAGUGGCUACGAAUGGCUUUGCUGAUGAGAAUGUGAUUGGGAGCGGAGAUUUUGGGAUCGUUUAUCGCGGUGUUCUGUUUGACGGCAUGCGGGUAGCGGUGAAGAAAUUGUUGCAUGACAGUGGUAAAGCAGAGAACUUUGUAGCACAAGUGGAGGCAAUUGGGUAUGCUAGACACAGGAAUCUGGUCAAGUUGCUAGGAUACUCUACUGAAGGAGCUUUCAGGAUGCUUGUGUACGAGUACGUGGACAAUGGCAAUCUUUCCCAGUGGCUUCAUGGAUGCAUAAGACAACUUAGCCCUCUAACUUGGAAGAUUCGGAUGAACAUUAUCCAACCAACUGCAAAAGGCUUGGCGUACCUGCAUGAGGAUAUUGAACCCAAGGUUGUCCAUCAGCACAUUAAAUCAAGCAACAUUUUGCUCGAUCACCAAUGGAAUCCUAAGAUAUCUGAUCUUGGGGUCGCGCAAGUUUUAGGGUCAGAUUGGAGCCAUAUUGCAACUUCUCCCUUGGGAAUGUCUUGUUACAUAGCACCAGAAUAUACUUAUACUCGUGUUUUCGAUGAGAAGACUGAUGUUUAUAGCUUUGGGAUACUUCUCAUGGAGAUUAUAACUGGAAAGACCCCUGUAGAGGACUCCAGUGGAACAGAGACACAGGUAUACUUGAUAGACUGGUUGAAGUCUAUGAUUGCAGAGAAAACCUACGAUAAAGUUGUGGAUCCUAAGAUGCCUCAAAUGCCUCCAUUGAAGGAACUAAAACGAAUUCUCUUGAUUGCUCUGAGAUGUGUGGAUCCUGAUGUUGAAAUUAGGCCGAGGAUGGGUGAUGUGAUCCAUAUGCUCGAGCCACGGGACUUGCUACUUACUGAUAUUGACUGUUGCAGUAAUCGUUAAACUUCUUGCACUAAUUCCACAGGGGAAAGCAAAGAAUUAGACACUUCGGAUUUAUGCUGAUCAUCACCAAAGUCAAGUAAAAUCAAAAGUUCCAAGAUUGUUUAUGGCUAUUUCUUCCUGUACAUAUAAUACCUCAUUGGUCUUAUAUAUUAAGUUACUAGCAAUACUUUCUAAACAUAGUCUAAAUGAAA